CAAGCAAGCAGAGAGGAGGCUGCUGGACUGUUAUCCUGUUCUACGUUUCUUUACAGAGAGAAGGUCAUUUGAUCAAUCAAAAUGGGAAAGACAAGAUAUCAAUCAGUUGCAAGAGACCCUCAGCUGGCUCAGUGAGGACGUGGUGGCAGCUAGUCAAUCAUAUACUAACCUGAGUGGGAUCAUGGCCCUAGUCCGGCUGUUCUUCUCCCUCGCAGUGCUGCUCAAAUUGGCUCUGUCUGUGGACCAUGUACCUAUGCUGCUCUGGUCAACUCACAGCUCACUGUGGAACUCUGAAGCUACUUUACAUGAGGGACACAUUAUCUCAAAGCAGGAGCUGCAUAUGCUACUGCAACCUGUAUUUACUCAGGAUUCCAAGAACCUUGUCUUGUUCCUUCAAGAUACGCUUAGCAUCGAUGACUUCACACAUUACAGUGAAUCUUAUGAAAAUGAGAAGCCAUUUCACAAUGUUCAGGAACUCCUUGAGUCUUCAUCAUCCUCUUUAGUUUUAUCGGCUGUUGACUGUCAGGCUACCAGUUACCUUUUGGAUUAUCUUCAAGAAUCAAUGGAUUGGAAGCUAACAGACAUAGAUGAGUUUGAGGUAUCUAAGCUGAAAGUAGACACAUCCAAGCCCAACAUAUUUGUGGUAAAGCUACAGCCAAUCAGCAGAUUAAAUGAUAUUUCUACUGCAAAGGCUUUUGCUGCAAAUGACAAAAUAAUUGGAAGACUGACUAUGAGUCUGCAAAAACAAGGAAUUCAGUUUUCAGUAAUUUAUACUGCAAUGAGACCUUCAAGGAUUCCCAGAAGACCCAAUGUAGUGUUGGAAUCAAGACGGCGACUCCUGGCCACUGAAGCUCAAGUGACAGAUGCAUACUAUCCACUGAAUGUGACCAAUGGAACCAGCACAUGCAUUCUUUUUUAUGCCAGUAAUUUCAGCCUCACAGCCAACAAAUCAGUUCAUGCGGAUUUGACAAAUUUAACAUUUGUGUCCCGUAAGGUGGAUUUCAGUUCAUCUGUUUGUUCAGACACCAAUGCAACGUUGUCGUUGAACUAUACUGGGUUAGUGGAUGGAAUCAACAACCUAAAAAUAAGAUUUCUAAUGACCAAGAAGUUCUAUACAGGCUCUGCUCGAAAAUGGUUUACUUUAGAUUCUGUUGAGAUUGCACAUGACAACCAAAUGGUCGCUAGAUUUAAUGUCUCCAUCAUCUCUGCUCCUGCAGAGUAUUCAUUUCAUUGUCAGCUGGUGGGGACCAGCAGUCUCUAUGGUGCAAAGCUGAUUCCAGCCAACAGUGAAGCAAAGAACUGGGAUGUUUACCUUUCAGAGUUCCAAAUUCAAGGCUUCAAUAUUCAUAAUAACUUGUUUUCCUACGCAAGCGACUGUACAUCUUUCUUCUCCCCUGGAAUCUGGAUGGGCUUGGUGACGUCAAUAGUUUUAUUAUGGAUCCUGACCUAUGGAAUCCACAUGAUCAUGCAGCUCACAACAAACAGUAGAUUUGAUGAUCCCAAAGGCCAAGCUCUGUCAGUUCCUCAAACAGAGUAGCAAUGGAUUGUUUUGACAUUGCUUAAAUGUUUCUUAUUAGUAAGAUUAAGUUUUUGUCACGGUUAUUUUUAGUAAAAGUCAAGGACAGGUCACGGGCAAUAAACAUUCACAGAAGCCCACGAUCUGUCUGUGACUUUUACCAAAAAUAAGGGGCGGGGGCUGACUGCCGGGGGGGCCAACAGCCGGAGCCCACCAUCAGGGAAGGAGGGGGGCGGAAGCUGAAGAAGUCGCAGAGGUUUGUUAAAAUCAUGGAAUCCGUGACCUCCAUGACUAAAUUAUAUCCUUACUUAUUAGUGAUGUGUGAUUUUUAUGUUCUUUCCACUUUAUAGUGAAUGUACCCUAAGCAGUUAGUGUAAUAGAAAGGUUUAGUAAAACUCCACAAAUCUGGACAAUGAAAUCCUUCCUGAAAAAGGGAACCUUACUCUUGGCAACACUCAUAAUUCUGCCAGCUGUUACCCAUUUGUUCACAGUUGUCUGAGCUAGUCUACACUGCGAUUAAAAAGCCACUGGCACUGAGUCUCAGAGCCCAGGUCAGCUGACUCAGGCUUGUGGGGCUCAGGCUGAGGGGCUAAAAGUUGCAGUGUAGAUGAUUGAGUAGAUGAUUGGACUUGGGCAGGAUCCCAGGCUCUGAGGCUCUGCAAGGUGGGAGGGUCUCAGCCCAGGCUCCAGCCCAAGCCUUGUAGUCCAAGACCCAUGAGCCUGAGUCAGCUAACCCAAGCCAGCCACGGGUUUUUUAUCCCACUGUACACGUACCCUUAGACACCUGAGGUGAAGCCAAUGGCAGUCCUGACUCUAACCAGCCAUUAGAAAGAACAGUAAGAACUUCCAGUAGAUUCAUUAUUCUUGGGGGGAGGAGGAGGUGGGGUGCUUGUUUUUUAAAAAAAGACAUUCCCCUGGUAUUUUGGAGAUAAUCUUCGAAAACAAAAUGUUUAUUAAGAAAUUGUCUAUUGAAACUUCUCAAGUCUCCUUUAAAGUUUUUUCUCCUAAGUAUAGAGAAUAUCACAAAAAAGAUAUUAAUUACGCAAGAGGCAAAAAGGUGAAGUUUUUGAUGACAAUUGACAUAUGUAUUUUAUUUUGGCAGUGUGAGUAACAGCUGGGAAGUGGUAGAGAUACAUAAAUGAAGUAGAAGCAUGUUUUGAGAACGUUUACCUUUAAAAAAAAAAAGACAACAUUAUUCAGACUACCCUUCAGAGACGGCAGGAGCUUAGCAAAAAUGCAACUUCUAAAUUAUUGCUAGAAACUAAAGUUAACUGGGAAUGAAAUAUUUAAAAAUGAAUAUUGGAAAUAGAGAUUAAAAUAACAUUAUCCUGUCAUGACAAAAAGGAUAUUAUGGAUAUAUUUGAAGAAAAAAAUUAGCCUAGGGUUUAUAAAAGCCAAGGAGAGUUUGGUGCCUGAUUCCCAUUUCAAUUGUAAUGGGAUUUGGCUGCCUAACUCCCUUAAACGCCUUUGAAAAUUCCAGCCUUAAAAGAGACUUUAAAAGGAUUUGUUGAAAAUUGAAAACCUAUUUGUAGGGUUCCAAAAGUGGAAUCUUUCUUGCUGUUGUUCAGAAAUAUAUAAAGCCAUUUAUUGUAGAAAAAUACAAAUGUGUGUAUCGCUGAGGAUUCCCAGAUACUCUCUUUGGUUUCAGAAACAGAUCUCUUUGAAAACCUUCAGUGUAUAUUGAAAAACCGUGGGAUCAUUACAUACAUCAGCAUUACCAAAUCCAAUUAGCACCUGGUUGAAGGUGCAACAUAAUCACUCUAGAUCAAUUGUGUCUUGUUAGCAGACUUCUCCUGAGAACACCAGAUGAGUAUACACUAAAUAAAUAAUAGACUAAGGCCAUGUCUACACUGCACUUCUGUCGUUAAAACUUUCGUAGCUCAGGGGCGUAAAAAAACCUCCCCUGCAUGACAUAAGUUUUAACAACAAAAAGCGACGGUGUGGACAGUGCUUUGUUGGUGGGAGAUGCUCUUCUGGUGACGAGUCUACCACCCCUCAUUUGGGGUGGUUUUGUUUAGUCACCGGGAGAGUUCUCUCCCAGCGACGAAGAGUGGCCACAUUGCACACCUUGGCAAUGGCGUGGCUACAACAUCACAGCCGUUUUAAGGUGCACAAUGUAGACAUAACCUAAAUCAAGUGACCUUGGAAAGUUUUUCAAAAUCUAAUGUUAUGCGAUGUUGUAUCACAAUGAAAAGUGGUGGUCUAGGGCUAGUCUUUACUAGAUAAUUAGGUCAUGUUAGAAUGCCAGCCUUGAAGAGCUGUGUUAAUUAAUGCAAUGUUAAACGCAACCUUGCAGUCUGUGUAGACAGUACCAGUUAUGUUUAACAUUGACUCAGCUGGCUGCAAGUAACUUCCUUAACAUUCUCCCUUUUGAGCUAUCAAGUUGUAGCAUUGCAGUGACUAUGAAAAGGAGAUAAUGUAAGGUUGUUAUGCUAAUGCUGUAGCUUGUCUACAUGAGGAGGCUCUUGUGAAGUAAGCUGGGGUGUGAAUUUAAAGCCCAAGAGCUAUUCCACACUAGCUCCCUCUGUUGAUGCUCUUAAACCAAAUUGAGUGCUUUUUUGUGAAUUCACCUAAUCCACUUCCAAAAUGUGUGUUCAGAAGCCUGAACACAUUAAGACUGAGCUGAAUGCUUGUACAAUUCAUAAAGAUAUUGUGCCUUCCCUCCAGGUGUGAUAAAUGAAGGGGGAGGGUCCUUUUAUGGACCCAGCCAGCCAGUUAACUAUAAAAUUCCUCUUAGUAGCUGUUCUCUACUUGCUUUACCUGUAAAGAGUUAAAAGUCUCACUGCAAUGCAUAGGUAAAAGGAAGUGAGUGGGCACCUGGCCAAAAGAGCCAAUGGGAAGGCUAGAACUUUUUAAAAUUGAAAUAAGACUCCCCUUUUGUCUGUCUGUUGUUGUUCUUGGGGAGAAGCAGACACAGAGCAGUUAUGCUGUAAGACACUUGGGGCCAGGUAUGAAAAAUCAUCGGUAUCAUACCUAGAAACUACUCAUUUAAAAUCCAAGAUAUGUAAGUAGAUCAGGAAAUGGAAGACAUGAUUAGGUUUAUCUCUUUUUAUUUGUUUAUGACUUGUGGACUCCUCUGUGCUAACCCCAAAUGUGUUUGUUUUGCUUGUAACCUUUAAGAUGGACGUCAAGAACGUUAUUCUUGAUGCUUAAUCCUUGUAAGUGGUUUUUUUUUAAUCUAGCAAUAGCCUGAGUUUCCAGAUGUAUUUUCUUUCUUUUUGUUUUUAAUAAAAUUUACCUUUUUUAAGAACAGGA